ACAAUGCUUUUGCGUUUUCGCGAAAAAUAUCUCUAAAAUAAAAUAUUAAAGUCCGGAGCCCAUAGUUAGGGUAGGCAUACUCGACAGUGAUAUACUUCUGUUGUUUCUCCACUCGGGCUGCAUCCUUUGGAUCUAGAGAUGGUCAGUCACACCCAGCCUCACAAAUUGUCUUCCUCCGCUUCUUCUCUAUUCCACACUUUGAACUAGAAGCCCUGCUCUUGUCAGGCUAGUGCUCUGCGUUGGCCAUGGCAGUGACCAAGCCCGUCCUGUACAGCGAAUGGCUCAGCUCCUGUUCCUACUGGGUCCGGAUCGCCCUCAACAUCAAAGGUGUUGAAUAUGAGUACAGGGCAGUAGCAUGGAAUGAUCCAGAUUAUGAGAAGAUCAAUCCGAUUAAGUAUGUCCCAGCACUACAAGAUGGGGAUAUCUUGGUUUCAGACUCUCUUGCAAUCAUAUUGUAUCUUGAAGACAAAUAUCCCCAGCACCCUCUUCUACCUCAAUGUCUGAAAAGGAAAGCUCUUAAUCUGCAGAUCGCAAACAUUGUAUGCUCGAGCAUUCAACCUCUUCAGUGCUACGCUGCAGUCGGUUUAGUUAACGGUAAAUUAGGUUCCGAUGAAAGCCUUCAGAUAGUACAUCAUUACAUUGACAAGGGAUUUAAUGCCAUUGAAAAACUGCUGGAAGGAUGUGACACUAAAUUUGCUACUGGCGAUGAAGUCCAACUGGCAGAUGUGUUCCUUGCUCCUCAGAUACACGCUGGCAUGACACGCUUCCAAAUCGAUAUGUUGAAUUAUCCUCAUUUGGAGAGCUUUUACAAAGCAUACAUGGAAAUCCCUGCAUUUCAAGUUGCAUGCCCCGAAAACCAGCCAGAUGCGCCUUCGCCCUAAACAGGCACAGAGAACUGCAGCUAUUUUCGAGGUACAGCAAGGUACUCCAGUUCUGGUGAAAAAUAAAAAUGGAAUCCCGUGUGUGUUUACCAGUGGUAGUGAACAUACUGAUGGUUCUGCAUUUCCAGUUUCAGUAUUUGUAUUUUCUUUGUGUAAUUUAAAAUGAGUUAAAUACACUACGGGUUUACUUUUGUGAUUGUAUUUCGACAACCUCAAAUUUAGGUUACUGUACUUGGUGAAAUGUCUCACGUGCAGAUGCAAA